AGGAUGAAUAGAUGAAGCUCGGGAGAGCCAGGACCAAGAACUCGAAGCUUGAAGCCACACCACAUUUCAUGCAAUACAAUUAUCCUUUCAGAAAUUUAUCCCCAAACAAAAAGAGAAAAAUCAAACUCAAACAUAAUUCAGUGGCUAUGGUGGUGCCCCAUAACGUACCCAUUGGGCCAAAUGUCUUCCUUGUCUACCCAUUGCCACAUAAAAUUAUUACACUUCCGUUUACUCACUUGACCAUUGUAGGCGCCAAACGAAGGCUGACACAGUGACACUCAUCGCAAUUCCUCCUCUGCCAGCCAAAAUCACACUUGGCUUCAACCCAGCUCCAGCUCACGCCACGCAGCAAACUCCGACUUGUGCAUAAAAAGUCUCGACCUUCACUGUUCUAGAGGGAGAGCUUAACAGCCAUGGCGCCCAAGGGUUUGGAUUACGAACUCCUGAACGAAAACGUGAAGAAGGUUCAGUAUGCUGUGAGGGGCGAGCUGUACCUUCGAGCUUCUGAGCUUCAGAAGGAAGGAAAAAAGAUCAUUUUCACAAAUGUUGGAAACCCUCAUGCUCUUGGACAGAAGCCACUGACCUUCCCUCGACAGGUGGUUGCACUUUGCCAAGCCCCAUUUUUACUGGAUGAUCCUAAUGUGGGACUCAUGUUCCCUGCUGAUGCCAUCGCAAGGGCUAAACAUUACCUCUCCUUGACUUCUGGUGGUUUAGGUGCAUACAGUGACUCCAGAGGCAUUCCAGGAGUUAGGCAGGAGGUCGCAGACUUCCUUCUAAGGCGCGACGGUUAUCCAAGUGAUCCAGAAUUAAUAUUUCUCACUGAUGGAGCAAGCAAAGGUGUGAUGCAAAUCUUGAGCACGAUCAUCAGAGGUCCAAGUGAUGGGAUCCUGGUUCCAGUGCCACAAUACCCACUUUACUCAGCUGCAAUCAGUCUCUUUGGUGGUACCCUUGUCCCAUAUUACUUGGAAGAGACGGCAAACUGGGGUCUCGAUGUGAAUGACCUGAGAAACGCAGUUUCUCAAGCUAAAUCCAAAGGGAUAACUGUGAAAGCAAUGGUGAUAAUAAACCCUGGAAAUCCCACAGGCCAGUGUCUUAGUGAAGCUAACUUGAGCGAAAUACUACGCUUUUGUUAUCAAGAGGGCCUUGUCCUCCUUGGAGAUGAGGUUUACCAGCAGAACAUCUACCAGGACGAACGUCCAUUCAUCAGCUCUAAGAAGGUCUUGAUGGACAUGGGUCCGCCUUAUAGCAAGGAGGUUCAGCUUGUUUCCUUCCACACUGUGUCUAAAGGAUACUGGGGCGAAUGUGGGCAGAGAGGUGGAUACUUUGAGAUGACCAACAUUCCUCCAAAGGUCUAGAAUUUCUUCUCUUGGGACUCUAUACCAGAAAUGGGUAUCCUUCCAUUGUAAAGUUACCCGAUUGGGAAGCUAGAAUUUCAAACUUCUGUCUAUGAACAAUCUGGCAUUGCAGACAGUUGAUGAGAUCUACAAGGUGGCAUCAAUUUCCCUCAGUCCAAAUGUCCCUGCUCAGAUAUUCAUGGGGCUGAUGGUCAACCCACUGAAACCUGGGGACAUCUCUUAUGAGCAGUUCAUUAGGGAGAGGUAAUGGCUGCUAUAAUUUUGAUAAUCUUCGUGUGGAGCAUUUUGAAUAAUCGGAUUUCCUAAUGGGGAAUGGUAUGCAGCAAGGGGGUCCUGGAAUCACUAAGGAGAAGGGCUAGGAUUAUGACCGACGGCUUCAAUAGCUGCCGCAAUGUAGUUUGCAACUUCACUGAAGGCGCCAUGUAUUCGUUCCCUCAAAUACGGUUACCACCCAAGGCAAUCGAGGCUGCCAAGAGUGCUGGCAAAGUUGCUGAUGUCUUCUACUGCCUCAAGCUACUGGAAGCUACAGGCAUCUCCACAGUCCCCGGCUCAGGAUUCGGCCAGAAAGAAGGGGUUUUCCAUCUGAGGACAACCAUCUUACCUGCGGAGGAAGACAUGCCAGCAAUCAUGGAAAGCUUCAAGAAGUUCAACGACGAGUUCAUGGAGCAAUAUGAAGAUCACAAGGGUUACUCCAGGAUGUAAAGUUCCCCCCACCCACAGUAUUGCUAUCAUUAUUAUUUCAGUACAGCGAACUGAAAACUGUUAUUCAAGAUGAUGAUUAUAUUCUUCUCUGGCUUUUUUAUCCUGCCAAAAAAAAGCCAGUUUCCAGAUAUGCUCUCACUCUCUCUAUCUCUCACUCUCUCUCCCCCCACCAUAUUCCUGACUCAAAAUUUGCAUAUAUAUAGCUGUAACUUUUCACAAAAUUUCACAUUUCAUUGCAUGCCUGCUCUUGAUUUUCUUGUUACUUUCUCCUUUUGCUAACUGGAAAGGGAAGUUGGAUGCUUAUGAUGAUAUGAUUGGAGGAGGGUAGACAGUUUGAGGUAGAGAAUCAGGAACAUGCUUUGAUCUCAUAUCACAAAAUGGAAACUUUUUUCUACUCAAAACAACUCUCCACAUGGGCUUUUGCUUAUUUCAGAUUUGGGAAGCCCCUUUUUCCCCCUUGUUUUUUUGCUUGCAGUUCACAUGGCCUGUCACAGAUGGGCUGAAGUGAAGCAGCAAAAUGGAGGGGCGUUUUCUGUUUGGUAGCCUGUUUUUUUUGCAAAACAAAGUGCACUGGGGAAAAAAGGGUUCCUUUUCCCCAAG